AUGAGCGUUCCAAGCAAUAUCAGGAACGAGUGGCUCAUCUUGGAGACUUACCAACAAAUACUGGCAGACGAAAAGCAGGCCGAGGAAGACCGGCGGGCGCAAACAGUGACAUUCACAUGUGGCCGCCUGUCUCGUUCUCCUGAAGCCCUCCAGCGCUGCAAGCAAGGCCUGGAUGAGCAAAUCCAGCAGAAGCUGGCCCGAUCAGAAAAGGAAAGGCGCGAGGCCGACGCUCGAAGAGAGCAACAGCGAAGGGCACUCGUAGAGCACCAGGCCCUCCAGGAGGAGCUGAAGGAGUCUUCGAGGAGAAAGACACUGGAAGAGAAGUGCGUGCGGGCGACCCAGAUCUUAGGGAACGAGAGGAGACGUGAGAGGGAGCGCCAGAACAGAAAAGUCGAAGAAGCGAGAAUCCUCGAAGAUUGCAAGAGAAAACUGGCUGAGGAAAAAGAACGGCAGCUCCAGAAGCGGAAACAGAUAGCCGAGUCGCUGAGAGAGAUGAACCGCGAGAACGUCGCCAAGCUGGCCAUGCGAGAGAAACAGAAAAUUGCCGACGCUGAGGAGGACAAGCGUCUCAUGAAGGAGUACCGGGAGAGACUCGACAGGGAGCAGGCCGAACGGACCGCGGCACACAAUAAGCGGCUGCAGCGCUACGAGAUGAUCGGGAACCAGUGGGCGGAAUCCGGCGCUGGCAAGAGGCAGCACGACAAAGACAUUGCCGAGGAGAGGAGGAUACUAGCCGAGGCCGCCAUUAAAGAGAAGAUCGACGAGGAUAGAGAGAUCAGGGACAAGGAAGCGCUUCGGGUGGACCGCCUCCGAUGCCUGGAGGACAAUAAACGGCUUAUGGGCGACAAAGCUGCACGAAAAAAGGCGGACGAGAAGCUGGAGGCCGAGUACGCCCAGCAGUUCCGCGUUCAGGGGGAGAUGCACGUGGCCAAAGGAUUGGAAAGGAAGAGGGAGAUGGUGCGCGAGAAAAAAGCGUACGCCCGAAUGCUUGAAGACCAGAUAAGGGAGACCAGGGCCGCUCUUCGGACUGUUCAGAUGACGGACACGGAGCGCAAGAUGAACGGAGAGCUACUGCGGAAGCUGCAAGGCGACAGAGACCUGCAGGAAAGAAUAAGCCGGCGACUUCUUCAGAAGUGA